AUAGGGUUGAAAUUUAUAAGAGUAUAAAUGGUGCAAGCAUAUUCGGUCGAAACAUAUUCAAUCAUUUUCUUUCAUUCAUCAGUUGGAAUCGAGUGAGUGAGACUAUUCAUCAUCUCGAUUUCUUGUUGUAAUAACCAAGUCAAUAUUCUUUUCUUCUUCUUCUUCUUCUUUCAGUCAAUUUUGUUUCAGCGAGGGUUUAAACUUUAAACUAUCAUCUUUUUGCAACCGAUUUCAAUGUCUCAGUCUAAGAAAUUGACGCCGAAUCUGGAUCAGCACAGUACAAAGUUACUCAAUCUUACUGUGCUCCAACGCAUGGAUCCAUUCAUCGAUGAGAUUCUCUUCACCGCUGCGCAUGUUUCGUUCUACGACUUCAACAUCGAAACGAAUCAGUGGAGUCGUAAAGAUGUUGAAGGAUCUCUCUUUGUUGUUAAGAGGAAUGCUCAACCGCGGUUUCAAUUUAUUGUAAUGAAUCGAAAGAAUACAGAUAAUCUAGUGGAAAAUCUAUUGGAUUUUGAGUAUGAACUUAAAAAGCCGUACUUGUUAUAUCGGAAUGCAUCCCAAGAAGUUAAUGGUAUAUGGUUUUACAAUCCAGAAGAAUGUGAAGAAGUUGCAAAUCUCUUUAAUAGGAUUCUUAAUGCAUACCCAAAGACACUUCCAAAUACAACAAUGCCUUCUGACAAAAGUGAGUUUGAGGAACUUGGCCAAGUGUCAACAAUAAGGGAAAGCCCUAUAGAGUCAUCUUCAGCUGCUGCUGCUGCAACUGAAGCUCCUGAAGAUUCUAUUUUCACAAAUUUCUUCAACACAUGUAAGGUUACUGGACCUUAUGCUUCAAAUGUGGAAAGUUUUCACCAGCCCUACCAGUCUGCAAGUGUCACUUCUACUGUUCCUGGUGGUUUUAUGUCUCCUAUGCCUUCUAUUCAAAUGCCAUCUGCCUCUAUUGAAACAACCAACAGUGCCUAUCCGGUUUCCAAUCUUGUUAAGCCUUCUACUUUUCUUACGCCCAACUCUUUAUUACCAUUAAUUCCACCUAUUUCUUCACCUGUGCAACCUAGUAUGGCUGUUCGUCAUUCACAAAAUCUGCCACGCCAAUAUGGCACUCCACUGCUUCAACCCUUCCCACCUCCUAAUCCUCCUUCUUCUCUUACCCCUAUUUCUAGCUCCAUGCCAAAUAGACCGGUUAUCAGCAGGGAUAAAGUCCGUGAUGCACUUGUAUCAUUGGUUCAGGAUGAUAAGUUCAUUGACAUGAUGUUCCAAACAUUGUUUAAGAUGCAUAAUUCAUGAGUUAUUGAACUUCGAAGGUUGGGUGAAAACAGAAUAUAAACUUAGUUCUGUAUAUGGUAGUUACUCUCCAACACAUCUGAUUGGACGAUGGCAUCCUUUGUGCAACUUCAGUUAAGAUUCUUGUCUGUCUUUUACUCUGGCCAUAAUUUUGCAUAUCUGUUUUGGCCAAUUCUGCAAUACCAUGUGCAUUAAUACAGACUAUCCUCACCAUUGAAUUUAUGUAAUGUAUAUGUGGACAGUAAUAAUGAAAGAAAACAAGGAUUAAAUUCUUGAAUAAUUUUAAUUUUAUAAGUCGAUUACUGUCCACGUGUACACACAAAAAUCUAAUGGUACAGAUAUUUCCGUGUAUUCUUACACUUUUAAAUUCCAGUAUAUCGUAAAAAUAGCCAUCUGUAAUAAGAGCCUUGCUGUCAGUUUUCUUCUUAACUUUGCGGUACUUGCGCUAUUAGCACAAACGUGGAGGUUACAUUGGUUGUCUUUAAUCAGAUCUUACUGACUACUGAGUAAUCAAGUUAUUGGGAUCCAUGUAAAGGAUUUUGUGCAAGUUCAUUAGGGUUUUCGUGCAACCAAGCUACAACUUGUAAUGCAACUCAUUCCGUGCCAUGGCUCACCAACCAAGCACAACUUGUAAUGUAACACAAGAUUGUCAGUUCUUUGGAAUUGCUUCACACAUCCUUUUUGCUGUAUUUUCCAUUGGUUUGUGACAAUGUGAGACAGGUUUCGGCUUUACCUAGAUCAAACCUAAGUCAUUCCAUCGAUUUUAAUCAGCUUGUCAGCACCGUUAAACUUGACUACCAGAUUUGUAACUUUAUAUGAUCAGAACUUCUCUAUUUCCGAGGGUGAUGAAACAUUGGUUUUCUGAACCAACCUCUUAGACUGGCAUUUGCAUA